GUGAAAACUUUUAACUUAGAUGAAAAUGGGCGUCAAGUUCCUUGCAGCACUUGUGGUAUUGACUUCGGCUUCCUCGUUUGCCACUGCUGCAGACCCAAACCCUCUGCAGGAGUUCUGUGUUGCCACUAAUGACACCAAGGAUGCUGUGUUUGUAAAUGGGCAACUCUGCAAAGACCCAAAACUAGCAGGACCUGAUGACUUCUACGCUUCUGGGAUCCACACACCAAGUAACACCUCGAAUCGACUUGGAUCAAAGGUUGUCAUGUUCGAUGUCGAAACCAUUCCGGGGCUCAACACUCUGGGGGUGUCCGUAGCUCGCAUCGACCUUGCACCGGACGGUGUGAACCCUCCCCACUCACACCCCCGAACCUCUGAGCUCCUGGUGGUGUUGGAGGGCACCAUCUACGCUGGCUUCAUCACCUCCACCCACGAAAUUAGCCGUCUCUUCUGGAAGGAGCUCAACAAGGGAGAUGUCUUCGCCUUCCCGAUGGGUCUCAUCCACUUCCAGCACAAUUCGGGCAACACCAGUGCUGUGGCCUUGGCUUGCUAUGGGAGCCAAAGAGGGGGAGUGGUCAAAGUACCAAACACAAUCUUUGGGGCAAGCCCACCCAUUGAGGUGGAUGUGCUCACCAAGGCCUUUCAACUGGAUGAGAAGGUGGUUAAACAUCUUCAAGAACUUUCAUGGCUUAAUUCGCCAACUCCCCCUAGUUGAGAUUUUGUAUAUAUACAUAUAUGUUUGUGAUAUUGUGAGCUGCUGACUAGAAUAUGUAUGGUUUAUUUACAAGUAAACCAUAUAAAAAUGAAAUAAAAUUUCAAAAAAAUAAAAUCCAUGUG